AUGUCGAAGAUCAAGAACAUUGAAUCUGUCGGGGCACAGCUUGAGCAUCUCAUGAAUAUGAUACAGCUGUGUCGGAAAGAUAAUAUGGGUGAAUGCUACGACUUUGUGAAAUGGUUGACGGUGAUUCGUGGAGACUCUCAGUAUGACUGGGCCGAUGAUCAAAUGCCACAUCUUAAUAUCAAGAACGCUGACGUGUUUGAGCCCGUCGAUCCCUCCUACAAGAAGUUUGGGAAUCAUUAG